AUGAAGACCACUUUCGCUACCGUUGCUGCCUUCGCCUCCAUGGCCCUGGCUCAGCCUGCUUUCCUCAACACCCAGUUCGACCUCACCGAGGGCCAGCCCUACACCAUCCGAUUCUCCGGCUGUGACUCUGGCUGCACCAUUGUCCUCCAGAACGGAGAGUCCACUGAUCUUAAGGACUACAAGACCCUGACCAGCUCCGCUGAGGGUGACUCUUUCACCUUCACUCCUUCUCAGCUCCCCUCGGACACCUACAACUUCAAGAUCACCGACUCUGCUGGCGAGAUCAACUACAGCGAGCAGUUCUCUUACGAGGGUUCUUACGACGCUCCCUCCGCCACCAAGUCCGCUACCAAGUCCGCUGUUGAGACCACUGCUGCUGCCACCACUGAGCAGGCCACCACUCUUGCUACCAAGCCUGUCGAGACCACCACUGCCGACAAGCCCAUCAUCCCUACCCACGCUCCCGUCACUCCUCCCAAGAACGCCACCACCCCCGUUGCUACCCCCAGCAAGACCGGUGGUGCCCCCGGCCAGACCGGUGUCCCUGAGGUCCCCGUCAGCGGUGCUACCCGCAUGACCUCUUCUCUGGCUCUCAUUGCCGGUGCCGCCAUGGCCAUGGUUUACCUUAACUAA